GGCCCUCGGACGCACCCCCCUAGGCGCCGCGCGGCGCACUCCGCCGCAUCCCCGCCUCGCACCUGCGCAGUCCCAGCGAGGGGCAGGCCGCCAUGGCCGCGCAGGGCCCGGCGUACGCCCCGCAGCCCGCGCACGCCGGGACCACGGGCUCCAUGCCGUCGGCGUAUGGUGCCCCAGGGCAAGUUCAGCAGCUGGUGGCGCAGACGACGCAGAUCGGGGCCAACGUGCACGUGCCCCACCUGGCCGCGCCUCCCGCCAGCAUGCAGUUCAGCACGCCGCAGCUGAGGGGCCAACACCUUCCAGAUGCCGCCGGGCGCGAUGGCCCCGAUGCCCACAGGGCCGCCCCAGCAGCCCGCCAGCCUGACGCAGGGCCUGCCGACACCCGAGGCGAUCGCGAAGCAGAAGGACUGAGGGGUACAUCAAGCUCCUGGACGACCAGCUGAAGCAGGGACAGGCGACGCUGGACCAGCAGCGGAAGCAGCAGACGGAGUACCUCCACCAGCAGGCCAAGCAGCAGAAGGACCAGGUCGAGAUGCAGAUCAAGCAGCAGGUGCACCAGCAGGAGACCAUGCUGAACCAGAGCCACAGCCAGCAGAUGAUGGUGGUGCAGCAGGCGUCAUCACAGCAGAAGGUGGCGCUGGAGCAGCAGGCGAUGCAGCUCACCAUGGAGUACCAGCAGAAGAAG